GGGUGGAAUUUCUUGCAGGACCUGUACAAUCACUUGGAUAUGGUCUUGGAUGGCGUUUUGCAUCCUGAAGUCCUUAAGAAUGAGCUUAUCUUCAGAAGAGAAGGAUGGAAUUACCAUCUUCAGUCUCCAAAUGACACUCUUACUGUAGAAGGUGUUGCAUGGAAUGAGAUGCUUUGGCGAUACUCAAGCUCAUCUUUCAGGCUGGUGAAUACGAUCAACAAGGUUUUAUUUCCAGACACACCAUAUGCAUUCGAAAGCGGCGGCUAUCCCUACAAAAUGAUAAACCUAACUUAUGAAGAUCUUAAGGACUUUCAUAGGCGAUUUUAUCAUCCAUCGAACAUCUUCAUCUCAAUGUACGGUGACGAUGACGCGGUUGAGAGGUUGCGCUUCUUGAGCGGUGCCUUUGCCAAUUUCACCUAUGAUGAGGAAGUUAAGGCUAACAGCAAAAUCUCGCCACUUUCAUUCAAUAGCACACUGCCAUAUACUACGGUGACCUUCCCGAGUACGGGUGAUGAUCCUCAAUGUUUCGUCAUGGCAUGGCUGCUGGAGAUGGAGGCUGGCUUGCACAUGGAGGAUAAAAUCAACCUGGAGCUUGUGGAGGGGCUUCUCAAGUCAGCGCUAUUUCAGUAUGGUUUGGAUAUCACAUUUGAUAAUGAUAACUACGCAAAUCCGGUUUUCUACAUUCUCUUCUGCAACACCACCAUUGAUGCUCCCUCGUUGGAAAGUGGAAUCAUGGAGACUUUUGAAAGCGCCAUUAAGACGGGGAUCUCCGAUGCUGACGUGUCCGGCAUCCUCAUCAAUACUCUUCUGGUGAAAAACAUGACCUAUGGAGAGUAUUCUCUCUCCAAUGGCAAGUCCCUUCACAGUUCCAUGCUGGCCCAAUGGAAGAGAGGUGGGGAUCCUCUGGAGGCUUUGAAUUUCACCAAGGCAUGGGCUUCUGUGUUCGACCGAGUGACAGACCUGGAAUUGGUUAAACCUUCGUUUGAAACGAUGGUCCAAUAUUACGUUCUCAACAACACAAAUCGCGCUGCAGUGCAUCUCGUGCCGGAGGCCGGUGGCCUGUUCAAGAUCAAGGCCAAGCUAGAAGGCCAGCUAGCUGCAUGGCAGCGAUCUUUGUCAGAGGACGAGAUUCAGCAGCUUGUAAACAACACAAGAAUUUUGGACGAGUAUGCGAGACCUGCUGGAUUAAGUGUGACGUCCAUCAUCCCUUCUCUGUCGUGGGAAGAUUUGAAACUCGCCGUCCCAAAGCAAAAUGACAAGGUAUACAAAAUUGGAGCGGCAACAGUGGUGGAGAAUUACAUGGAUACCCAUGGUUUUUUCUAUGUGGAUAUUGCCUUCGAUCUGGCGAGAAUACCUCAGGACCUCAUUCCAUAUGUUGGUUGGAUCCGAUGUCCCAUGCGAAUUUGCAACGCCCCUGCAACAUUCCAGCGGGCCAUGAAUAUGGCCUUCGCCGAGUUCGUUAACAAAACCCGUUUGACACAGCCGUUGAUAAAUUUUUGUGUGAUUGUGUACAUGGAUGACAUUUUGGUAUUUUCCAAAACCUACGAAUACCAUGUGGAGCAUAUUGAAUGGGUGUUGCAUGCGUUGAAAGAUGCGGGGUUCAAGGUGGCUCUGGAGAAAAGCGAGUUCUUUUUGUCCGAAAUUUCCUUUUUGGGCUACAUCGUCACGGUCGAGGGACUGAAACCGGAUCCCAGGAAUGUAGCAGCGGCUCGAGAAGCCCCGGCCCCGGUCACGCUCACUCAGGUUCGAGCCUUCCUAGGGCUGGCCUCUUAUUAUCGACGCUUCAUUCGGAGCUUUGCCUGCCUCGCCAAGCCGCUGACGAACCUGCUGAAGAAGGAGGAGCAGCUGAUCUGGACGCCGGAAUGCGAGGCGGCUUUUCAGGCACUCAAGGAGGCUCUGACAUCGGCGCCCGUGUUGGCGCGUCCCGAUCCGACAAGACAGUUUGCGUUGCAUACCGAAUGGCAGCCGCAGGCGAUAUCGGCGGUGCUGACUCAGCAAGGAACGGAUGGAAGGGAGCACGCCAUCGAGUAUGCGUCGAAAACGCUAAGCCAGGCGCAGUCGAACUACGAGGCGUGCAAGGGUGACCUGCUGACGGAACUUACCAAGGCUGAACGGCGACGUGUCACGGAACGGGCGCACGAUUACCGCUGGCAGGGAUCCGUCCUUCAAAAACGAAAAGAUGAUGACGUCGACGGAUCUAGUUGGCUGACGGUUCCACACCCACAGGCCAGGUUCGAUUGGACACGAGCCGCCCACGAGGAGGAUGCGGUUCACUUUGCAGUCAAAUACACGGAAAAAGCAAUAGAGAAAAACGGAUGGUACUGGUCGGGAAUCCGGGAAGAUGUGAAAUACAUCGUCCGGACUUGCCUGGCCUGCGCGGCCGAUAAGGCGCCGAUACAGAUGCCCCGUACAAUAGUGCCUACCCGGGUAGAGCGCCCCUUCCAACGGGUCAGUAUCGAUACGACGGACAUCAACGUGCCGAGAGGCCCUGUUGAUCAAGGAGAACUCAAUGUUCUUCUUGUAGCCGUAUAUCAUUUUUCGAAAUGGAUCGAAGCGUAUCCAAUGACCAGCUGGAACUCGCAGGAAGUAGCCUGGUACAGUAAUCACUUUUUGUGGAUGCACCUGGACGUAGAAGAGAUACAUAUGGACAAUGGAUCCGAGUUCCAUGGGGAAGUAGAGCGACAUCUUGUAAGGGAAGACAUUAGAAUUUCAUACUCCCCAGGGCACAGGCCUCAAGCCAACGGGCUCGUAGAAAAUGCCAACCGAAUGAUCAAGACUGCACUUAGACGGAAUAUCACGGCAGGUGAUACCAGGCCCUGGCCUGUCAUAGUCGACCACAUUUUGGCCAUCUAUCGGGCUACUCCCCAUGGGAGCACCGGGGUGUCCCCGUUCCAACUGAGAACCAAUAGCGUCCCCAGAGUGCAGCUGUCACCUUUAGUGGGGAGCAGGAUGAACCAUCGCCAGCCGGAGCAUGAGCCCCUCGAGCAUUUCCAGACGCCGCUUGCAGAUCGCUUGUUGCGGCAUCAGUUCAAUGAGGAGAGGCAGUUGCGAUACGACAUUCAGCAGGUGAACAUGCCAACGCACGGGGUUGUUGAUCUGGUGGCGUACUCGUUACUUUGUGAUCGGCUGACGUAUGCGGGGGUGUACGUGGACGUGACGCAGUUGCCUGGGCGGGAAACGACUCGAGUGUUCAUCGAGUUCCGCGCGCUCCAGGUGGCACCUAACUUCGUGCAUAGCGUCGCCACCUUUAUCGGAGACUUGACGAUCCUGCCACAGCCGAGUCGGGAGCUGGCGCGAAGCUUUGUGCGCCAAUACGCGGUGCAGGCGGCCAGAUCAGUGGGCAGAGUGCAAGGACGGGGAGCGCAUCGAUUCACAGCCCACGAAGCGCUGCUGCGCAGGGUGGAGGACGGACCAAUUGCGUUGGGCCCUUAUCCUAUGCGCGAGUUCUCGGAGUAUUUGGUGGAGCUGACUGACGUGGAGCCGCUGCCCUUCGCAGACGAAGACGUAUGGGAGUUGCACUGUGCGCUAUACAAGUCGGUGGCGUUGGGGAUGUUCCGAUUCUUCGUGGAUCACGAAGACCACUGUAUCGGGGAGCACUUCGUCGCCUAUUACGUCAUCAUGCGGCCCAAGCCAGCGCAGAAGGAGGGGACGGUGGCGUUGUACCCAUUCGCCCAGCUCCAGACGACCGAUCCGGGAUUGUUGGAGCUCAUACAUCUUGAGCUCCUAUCCAUUGCGCAAGUGAUCGCGAGCGAGGAAGAGGAGAUCCAGCCACGAUUGCGGAUGGCGGCUGCCCCGCGGAGAACGUACAACGUGGUCGUCAUCCCGGAUUACAUUGCGGAGCGCAAAGAGAGGUUGGAGGACUUCCCUGAGGAAAAGCCGCUGCGACCUCCCUCAUCGUAUCCCAGACCUGCGCCGCCAAAGGCCCUCAAGAAGACGCCGAAGAGGAAGAGACACCACCCAUCGCUAGGAGCGCAAGGCAGCCAAAUCGGUGCCGGCGAGGAGGUGGUUCAGCCCGUGCGCACGCGGAAUCUCGACCCGGUGCCUGGGAGUGGGGCGACACUGGUUAAGGAGACUGUCGUGCCAUCGCCGCCCCUCCCGCGCGUGCCCGAUCUCAAUCACGAUGGAGCCGGGCCAUCAGCCGCAGCAGCCGGAGGAGGAAGCCGAAUGGGAUUACCGGAUCCCGUAUCCAGACCCCCCGUCCUCGCGGGACCUCUCCGCUUCCGCCAGCCACCCCGGAGUGCCCCGAUAUUGACAUUAGCAGUUCCUCCGAGCCGGACGGUCCAUCCAAUAGAGGUGGAUUUCAUGGUGGAGCCCACCACCAUCAGGCUCGAGGCCAUUGUGGGGGCGCCGCGCCCUGAUCCGGCGUGGGAGCCAUAUCUGACACCCUCUUUACAAGGGUGUAUCGCGGCGCGAUUGGCAGGGACGCUCAUCUACGAGACCGGGCGGCGUCCCAAUGUGAUGUACCACUUCCUCGUCUUCGCGGCGCAGAAGGGGGAGCGGCGGCCCUACACCGAGACUCAUCUGGUGAUGACGGGUCCCGGACCCCGAUCGGUACGCAAACGGGUGGUACGAGCGGUGGCAGAUCUGGCGCCACGUGUCCUUCAUACUUGGGAACAAUUGAGCUCAGUCGGUCCGACUGAACUGGACACGGACAGUUUGUUUCGCAUAUCAAUUAGUGUGCAAUUACAGUACGUUGACGCUGGCCUCAAGACAGCAAGAGGCGAGGGGCAGGCAUCUCCAUAUUUCAUCAUUAGCGGGAAAACCAAUUUGCCAAAUGCCUCGCUACUAAUAGAUGAGAUCCGGCAGCGAUGGAUUCGAGUGCAAAUCAACAAUCCUGCUGAGUACUCAGGUGCAUCUCCGUAUUGGCUCCCAGUGGAGGCAAGGCUUGACCUGGACAGGCCGAUCUCCAUUGAGGAAUUGACGGAGGCCAUUAAGGCCAUGCCAACAAAGCUCGAGGAGGCCUAUCGCAACUUUAUCCACUCAGAUGGAGUGAGCAUUAGCGUGAUUGGCAAUCAGUCUGCAAUUAAAAAUGCAUCCAAAGCGUUGAAGGUCCUUGUAGAAUCGUUGCCAUCACCACCAACUCCUCAGCUGCAAAGGGUCCCUUGGACAAAACUGGAUGCUCUGACGAAUGAAUCUGUCCCUCUCCCUCUUCUGGCUUUCGAGAAUUUGCGGUCUCGAAAUGUCUACAAAGGAGGGUGGGCACCAGCAGGGAGCAGCAGUGUGAUUACAAAAGUGCAGAAUGCAUGGAUUAACCAUGUUGUCAGAGUCCGAAGGCAUGCUUAUGGUGGUGGUGCAGCCAUCGAUGAGGGGACAGGUCUUGUAUAUCACUAUUCGACAGCGGAUCCGCAAAUACUGAGAACGCUACAGACAUUUGAUGAGAGCGCAAAUUUCUUGGAGAGCAUCACGGAAAUGGACGAGGAUCUCGAUCGAAUCAAGGUGACAGCUGUCGCACAGGCAAACAACAUCAAGGAGCCCUACGUCGAGGGGAUGAGCAGAUUUUGGGACUUUUUGACAAACGUCACCAUUGCCGAUUAUGAGCGCAAGAAUGUGGAGAUCAACACUGCAAGGUAAGGGAUGCAGCACAUGUCGUGUUGUUGUUGUUGUUGUUGUUGUUGUUGUUGUUGUUGUUGUUGUUGUUGUUGUUGUUUUUGGCCAAUCAAGGUGAGGAAGACCC